AGGAGGAGAGCGUAUUUUGAGAAAUGUAAAAUACAUAACCUGUACGAAACAAAUAGUAAUUUAUAUCUGAUAAGAAGAAGAAGCAAAUUAAUAGGCAUGAAAGAGUUUUUUCUCUUACACUUUUAGAUAUUGUAAUUGCCGCAAUAUCUCAUUACAUGAAUUCUCUUAUUAGGAAACAUUCCUUUCUAAAUAAUUAUUGUGCUACCAUUCUGCCAUAAUGUUGCAAAAAGUACAUAGGUUACUACGUAUCACGAAUUAUGGACACAAAGUAAGCAGUAGAUAUUUAAACUUUGUUCCAAUUGUAGUAGAACAAAGUGGACGCGGUGAACGUGCAUAUGACAUUUAUUCGCGUCUCCUAAAAGAAAGGAUUAUUUGUCUUAUGGGUCCAGUCACAGAUGUUGUAGCUUCUGCAGUAAUUGCUCAACUUCUUUUUCUUCAGUCGGAAAGCAGUAAAAAUCCGAUUCACUUAUAUAUUAAUUCACCUGGUGGAAGUGUAACAGCAGGACUUGGAAUAUAUGACACUAUGCAAUAUGUUCUUCCACCUAUUUCUACAUGGUGUGUAGGUCAAGCAUGUUCUAUGGCAAGUCUACUUUUAGCAGCUGGAACCAAAGGUAUGCGUCAUUCUUUACCAAAUGCUAGAAUCAUGAUACAUCAACCAUCAGGAGGUGUACAAGGACAAGCUACAGAUAUUCAGAUACAAGCUACAGAAAUUCUGAAACUCAAGCAACAGAUCAAUGAACUAUAUGUAAAACAUACUGGACAGAAUUUAGAAGAAAUAGCAAAGAGUAUGGAGAGAGAUAAUUUUAUGAGCCCAACACAAGCUAAAGAGUUUGGAAUUAUAGAUAAAGUAUUGGCCCAUCCUAUGCAAGAAGAAAUUGUAGAAACAGCGAUGGAGAAAAAGGAUAAUGUAUCGAAAAAACCUUAGUACUACUGAAUAGGAAGGAUACAUGGGUUCCAUUUUAUUGAGUAUAUCUUCAACAAGCGUGAUAUAUUGAUAUAAAAGCAAGCGUCCAACUUGCAAAAUAUUAGGUAAAAAAUUUUUUCAGCCAA